AUGGAAGGUAGUGGCGAUAGUUUCACAGAUUAUUUGGAUUCGUCUGCUGAUCAAUUGUCUCCAUCGGUUAUAAAACGAUUGAAUCUAGGUGAUAAAAUAGAAAACAAUCAACAACAACAACAACAAUCGACCACAAGUGUUAGUACAUUAUUAGAUGUCAAAACUAAUCCUGACGAAGUUCAAUCUUUGGAAUCAAUGUUGCAUAGUGUUGUCAAGAUCUUUUGUACUUCAAUUCCAUGCAGCUUUGAUUUACCAUGGCAAAUGGGAUCGCAAUCAGCUGCAACAGCAUCAGGAUUUAUAAUAAACGAUCGACGAAUUCUUUCAAAUGCUCAUGCUGUUUCAAAUUCAUCUGUUAUUCGUAUUCAAAAACAUGGUGAUACAAGGAAAUACCCUGGACGUAUAUUACACAUUGCACACGAAUGUGAUCUGGUUAUGUUGACUGUUGAUGAUAAUCAAUUCUGGAAUAAUGUAAAUCCAUUGAUAUUCAGUGAUAUACUACCGGAAUUACAGGAUUCAAUUUUAGUUGUUGGAUAUCCAAUUGGUGGUGAUAAUUUAUCAGUAACAAAAGGUGUCGUUUCAAGAGUUUGUAUGUCGACUUAUUCGCAUUCAUUGGAAUAUUUGUUAUCAAUACAAAUUGAUGCUGCAAUUAAUCCUGGUAAUAGUGGUGGACCAGCUUUUCAAGAUAAAAAAGUUGUCGGUGUAUCAUUUCAAGGAAUGAAUAAUGCUCAAUCAAUUGGAUACAUUAUACCAGUAUUAGUAAUCAAACAUUUCCUCGAUGAUAUUCAAUUACAUGGAAAAUAUACGGGAUUUCCUCGAAUGGUCUUUCAUUAUCAAUCAAUGGAAAAUUGUUCAUUUCGAAAAUAUUUGAAAUUAAAUGAUGAUCAACAUGGGAUUUUAGUAACAGCAGUUGAACCAGCGUGUAUUCUUAACAAAAUAUUAAAGAAAGAUGAUGUGAUCACAGGUAUUGAUGAGAAAUCAAUUGCUGAUGAUGGAACAAUUGAUUUUCGUCGUGGAGAAAGACUCAGUUUCAUUCAUUUAUCGAAAAUCAAAUUUGUUGGUGAUGAAAUUUCAUUUACAAUUAUACGACAAGGUAAAGAAAUGAAAUUAACAAGUUUAUUAGAUAAUAAUUCCGCACUUGUUCCAUUACAUUCACAUGAUAAACGUCCAGAAUAUUUAAUUUAUGGAGGAAUUGUCUUCACAGUAUUAACUCGUUUUUAUUUGUAUGAAUGGGGUUUUAUUAACUGGAAACAAAAAGCUCCAAGACAUUUAGUUAGUUUAGCACUGAAUGGCACACUGGAAGAGUCAGAUCAACAAAUUGUUGUUAUUAAUCGAAUCCUUGUGGAUGAAAUUAAUUAUGGAAUCGAAUCAUCUGUUAUCGAUGCGAUUCUCAAAACUGUCAAUGGAAUUGAAAUUCAAAAUAUAAAGCAUUUAGCAAAUGUUAUUGAUCAAAUAUCAAAUAGCGAAGAAAAUAUUUUUAUUCGUUUUGAAACUCAAUCGAAAAGUAUCAUUGUCGUUUCAUGUGAAGAUGCUAAACAAUCAGAAGAAAGAAUUUUAACACAAAAUUCAAUACCUCAUCCAAGAAGUGAAAAUUUACGUUAA